AUGGUCGCGCAGUCGAAGUUGAACCAAGUGUGGCAGCCGACGUCGGUGCAGCGUCGUACGCGUGCCGUAGUGCUUUUGCUCGUCCUUGUGUUGGGUCUUGGACGCAAGUAUUGGGCGCGCAUCGUGCAGAAAUACUUGAAGCGCGGCGCUUCGCGCCCAGUCGCCCAUGGCAAGGCGCAGCGCCGUGGCGGCAAGUCCACGCUGACGCUUGCGCAGGGCCUAGAGCAGCUGUACUACCCCACGGGCGAUGCGGACGGUGCCAUUGAGCUGCUCGUUCCCAUGCGUGGCGGCGUCUCCAAGGUGCCGAUCCACCCGACGUCGCGCGCGACGUUUGACCGCAACUUUGACGCAUUCUCGCUUCCUCCGCCCGUCACGAAGGAUGCGAUGCUGCGCCGCAAAAAGCAGCUGGGUUUCUUUGGGCAUGUCUCUGCAGCGCAGGUGCGCAAGAUCCGCGAUGCCGAGGGCAAGAUUGCGCCUGCCGCCGGCGAGAGUAUCACCAGCGCGAGUGCCCUGCGUGUGAAUGUCGACCGCGAGUUUUUCCGCCAGCUGCGCGCGAUUUUUAGAAUUCUGAUCCCCAGUACACACUCUAAGGAGGUGUACGUCUUUUUGCUGCACACAUUUUUCCUCGUGAUGCGCACCUACUUGAGUCUUUUGGUCGCGCGACUGGACGGUGCGAUUGUCAAGUCGCUCAUUUCCGCCGACGGCCCUGGUUUCCUCCGCGGCCUCGGCGUCUGGUUUGCCUUGUCUCUUCCUGCCACGUACACCAACGCCAUGAUCCGCUACUUGCAGUCGAAGCUCGCGAUUGGUUUCCGUUCGCGCCUCACGCGCUACGUGAAUGACCUGUACCUCGGCCCGCGGCGCAACUUUUACAAGGUAAUGAACCUGGACAACCGUCUCGAAGCUGUGAGCCAGUACAUUACGAGCGACAUUACCAACUUUUGCGAGAUCAUCUCGGAGCUCUACUCGAACAUCUCCAAGCCCUCGCUCGACAUUAUCAUCUUCCUCUGGCAGAUUGGGUCGGGUCUUGGCUGGCGCGGCAUGGCGGGUGUCAUGGUCAGCUACUACAUUGCGAGCCUGACUCUGCGCGCGGUCUCGCCGCCGUUUGGCAAGCUGGCCGCCGUCGAGGCCAAGCUCGAGGGCCAGUUCCGCAAUGCCCACUCGCGCAUGAUCAUCAAUGCCGAGGAGAUUGCGUUCUACGACGGUGCUUCUACGGAAGAGGGUAUCCUCAACAGGCUGUACAGCGCGUUGGUGAAGCACACCGAGCACAUUAUGCGCCUCCGGAUCGGGUACGGCUUCUCGGAAGACUUUGUGCUGAAGUACACAUGGUCCGCGAUUGGCUACAUGGUCAUCGCCAUCCCCUCUUUUGCCGCGCGCGAGCAGGCCGAAAAGGCCGCGGUCGGCGAGCAGAAUGCAGAGGUGAUGAAGAAGAUGAGCACGGGCAUUGCAAGCCAGACCGAGUCGUACGUGUCCAACCGCCGCUUGUUGCUCUCCUUGGCCGAUGCCGGGAGUCGGCUCAUGUACAGUUACAAGGGGAUUGCGGAGCUCGCCGGACAAACGUCGCGUGUAUACUCGCUCCUCUCCACACUGCACCUGCUCGAUCGCGACGUGUACCAAAGUGUGCCGCGUCCCGCGGAUUUGCCCGCGAGUCGUCCCUUCUUCGACUUGGGCCAUAUCCAGGGUAAGGUCGAGCUGGACAAGCCCGUGGUGCAGCUCGAUCUCGCGCCGAUCGUCACGCCCGCGCCCGGCCAGGCGCGCGGCGGCGAGCUCCUUGUCAAGGAGCUGAACCUCAAGGUGAGCCCCGGCGAGCACGUCAUGAUUACCGGUCCCAACGGCGUCGGCAAGACGGCCGUGGCGCGCGUGCUGGCGGGCCUGUGGCCCCUCUUUGCGGGCAAAAUGGACAAACCGCUGAAUGAGGAUAUGAUUUUCCUUCCGCAGCGCCCGUACCUCACCACCGAGAGCCUCCGCGACCAAGUCAUCUACCCCUACUCGUACCAGGAGCACAUCGAGACCGGCCGCACCGACGCGGAUCUUAUGGACAUUUUGCGCCACGUCCACCUCGCCUACCUGCCCGACCGCGAGGGCGGCUGGAGCACGCGCAAGGAAUGGAAAGACGUGCUUUCCGGUGGCGAAAAGCAGCGCAUGGGCAUGGCGCGUCUGUUCUACCACACGCCCAAGUACGCCGUCCUCGACGAGUGCACAUCCGCCGUGUCUACCGAUGUAGAGGGGCUUAUGUACGCGCACGCCAAAGAUGUGGGCAUCACGCUUAUCACUAUCUCGCACCGCCCCUCGCUGUUCAAGUACCACACCUACUUGCUGGACCUCAAAGGCGAAGAUGGCACAUACAACUUUAUCAACAUUCUCGGCGACCAACAGGAGCUCACACUCGAGCAGGAAGCCGAUGAGCUCGAGGCCAAGCUGUCCGACGUCCACGCUUGGAAGCACCGUCUCAGCGAGAUUCAAAAGGAACUCUCCUUUAGCCAGUCAUAG